CCCGUGUAUCUCUUUCUGUCUCCCCACCCCCUUCUCUCUGCAGCCCACGUGGGCUCACUCUAUCAGUCUGUCGGUCAGUCCCGAGCCACAGCAGCCGGCAGCUGCAGCCUGGGCUGAGAGUGGAGCAGGAGCCGCUACUGCGUGUGUGCGGGGGGGAAGCGGCCAGCGGGAAGUGGAGCCGUGGCCAGGAGCUGCGGAGCCGCGGAAGCAGGAGGAUGCGGGACGGCGGUCACCGCGGGAGCCCUUGGGCUGGACUGCUGCUGUUACUACUCCUGGCGCUGUUGCUGCUGGGGAGCUCGGCGCGGGCGGCGGGCACCCAGGGAGCCUUGCAGCCCUUCGAGCUGCUCUACAACCGCGGCGUCGAGGCGUUCUCCGACGGGGACUUUGCAGCAGCCGUGCGCUACUUGGAGCAGGCGCUGAGCAGCCGCCGGCGGUUGCGAGAGGAGCGGCUGCGCUGCCGCCUGGAGUGCGGGGCCCGAGCGCCCCUGGGGUCGGCGCGCGGUGGCGGCCCCGCUUGGGAGCUACGCUUCUUGCGCGCCCUGCUGGAGCGGGCUCGCUGCGUGCGGCGCUGUGAGCAAGAGGAUGAGUCGGGUGCAUCCGACGGGCACCCCGGCGCGACUAGCUCCCGGUUCGCGAGCCGCAGCCCAGCAGACGUGAAGCGUGAUUUCCAGAGGAGGAUGCCCUACAGCUAUCUCCAGCAGGCCUACAGCCAGAUGAACCAGAUGGAAAAAGCAGCUGAAGCAGCCUAUACUUUUUUAAUGGCCAAUCCUGAGCACAUGGCUGUGCCUUCUCAUGAUGGGAAGUCUGAAACGGUGGCAGGAGCCAAACUGGUGGAUAGAGAAGCCCAACCCCACCUGGAACACUACCGAGAAGCAGUAGAACAUUAUGAAGAUGACCACUUCCAGCUGGCCAUCGAGGCCUUUGAGCAGGCUUUAAAGGACUAUUUCAAAGCAGACAGGCAAUGCCGCGUUCUGUGUGAGUGGUCCCAGAGCCACGAUGACCAGGACCACCGGAUGAAGACCGAUGGCUUCUACGAAGUCCUCGCAGGUCUCUACUCCCGGCGCCUGAUGUGUGAGCAUGACUGCGUGAGGGAGCUCGCUACCUGGCCCGGCCAGCCGUCCCCCAUUGAGAACUUCCUGCCCCUUCACUACGACUACCUCCAGUUCUCCUAUUAUCAAGUUGGCAACUACGUGAAAGCCCUGGAAUGUGCCAAGUCCUACCUUCUCUUCCACCCAGACGAUGAGGAUGUGCAGGACAACGUGAGAUACUACGAGAGUGUGCUGGAAGAAAGCACGGACCCGAGCAUCAUCCCAGCUAGGGAGGACGCUGCGCUGUUCAUGAAGAGAUAUAAACUGGAAUCUGAGCUCAUCAAGUCGGCCGUGGCCAACCUGGGCAUUCCCUACACCGAGCAGAAUUACUGGACCAGCCAUGGAGGAAGGCAAGAAGACACCCAGACCCUUUCCGAGCCUGGCAACAGGGCGGCCGAUGCUCCUGAGUGGUCUGGGGGAAAGCAGCCUGUGCCCGGGAUCGAUCGGGACCUUCGAGAGGGGGGACCACUGCUCUACAGCCACGUGAAGUUUGUCUACAAUUCGGAGCAGCUGAACGGAACCCAGCGGAUGCUGCUAGAUAAUGUCUUAUCUGAGGAGGAAUGCCAAGAGCUCCACAGCAUGGCCAGCAGAAUCAUGCUUGCUGGUAGUGGGUACCAAGGGGAAGUUUCUCCUCUCACUCCCAAUGAGAAAUUCGAAGGUGCCACCAUCCUAAGAGCCCUCAAGUUUGGUUAUGAAGGUCGAGUGCCCCUGAAGAGUGCUCGGCUGUUCUAUGACAUCAGUGAGAAGGCACGGAAGAUCGUCGCGUCCUACUUCAGGCUGAAUUCCACCCUGUAUUUCUCAUUCACUCACUUGGUUUGCCGAACACCUCUCUCAGAUCAGCCACAAAGCAGAGACGACCUCAGUCAUCCCAUCCAUGCAGACAACUGCUUCUUGGAUUCAGACACCAAUGAAUGCUGGAAGGAGUUUCCUUUGGCUUCCAGGGAUUACAGUGCCAUUCUCUAUAUGAAUGAAGACUUCGAAGGGGGCGAGUUUAUCUUCACGGGAAUGGAUUCCAAAACUGUGACGGCCUCCAUCAAACCCAAAUGUGGCCGGAUGGUGAGCUUUUCCUCGGGCAGAGAGAACCCUCAUGGCGUGAAGGCUGUGACCAAGGGGCAGCGCUGUGCUGUCGCUCUUUGGUUCACCUUGGACCCGUUGUACAGGGAGCUGGAGCGGCUACAGGCUGAUGAGAUGAUCCGACAGUGGAACCACGAACAGAGUAUCAACCCCAAAGAUGAACUAUGAGCCGGCCCCUAAGAGUCUUCUACCCACUAUUUAUUGAGUGACGCUAAUCUUAUGAGAACCUUUUAUUUUUGUACAGAGUCUCGGUCUAAGUUAACGGGUCACUAAGAAGCCGCGAAGCCUCCCUGGGGGCUGCUGGGGUCCUUUUGUCUCCACUCCUUCAGUUUUCCAUCACGUGUCAUCAGGGCAUCUUUUAAGAGAACGAUGAGUCGAUCAGCAAUCCCGCGCUAAGUGCCUUCUGCGUGCUGGGGACCCCAGGAGAGUCCAAGAGCCCCCCCCAGGGGCCCUCCAGCGCAAUCCCCGCCUUCCAGAUAUGUCAGAGGAAAAUCAACCCUCCCUGCCUUCAUUUAAGGAUCUCCCAGGCCGUCCCUGUAGGGCCCUCCAGGGAAUGCCGAGAAUCGCCGCUCACAGGAUGGAGGCGAUGAUGUACGAGAUCUCAUGUGAGCUUCCCAGGCCGCCGGGCGUCCGGCGCCCUCAUCGCCGCCCCUUACACAUGGGGGCGGGGAGGCUGAGAAGGGUCACGGGACUUGCCCAGGGUCACACCUCUAGAUACGUGUAGGAGGCAGGAUGGGAACGUGGGUUUUUGCCUCAUGCUCUGUCCUCUGAGCCGCUGAAAGGAGCGACCAGAGCAUCGCAGGCCAAAGCACAGAGGGCUCCCAGCUUUGGAGAACGCAGCCGGAGUCUUGGCUGUAUUUUCCAGAACCUUCAGGCCCUGCCCGAGGCCUUCUCCUGGGGGGGGGGGGGGG